UCCUUUUAUUAUUAUUAUUAUUAAAUCAUAACUUUGCACAUUGAUGCAUUUAUGGGGUUCAGGGUACUGCUUUGAUAGACAAUGUGAAAUGCUUACAUUGAACUAGGUAACACAUCCAUCACAAUUAUCCCCAUUUCUUAACAACAAGUGUUUUCAUCUACAGUUUUGAUAGGGAAACUCACAGGUGAUUUUACUUGGCAUUUUUUUAAAUUAUAUUAGGAAAGAUAAAGAAUCCUUUUUUAUGUUAGUUAACUAUGCAUUCUUUCUUCUGUGAAUUAUCUCUUGUGAAUUCCUUGUCCCAUUUUUAUGGAGUAAUGCUUUCCUUAACUGUUUGCAUGAACAUUUUAUACAUUCAGUAUAUUAGUUCCUACUUGCAAAUAUUUGCCAGGCUCACUGACUUUUUAUUUUAUUUAUGUUGUUUUUGGUAUAUAGAAAUCUACAUUUUAAAAUAGUUAAAUCUAUGCAAUUCUUUGUAGUUUUGAUUUGCUUUUGAGUUCAGAAUGUUCUAAAAAAUACGUUGUCCUCCAGCUGACAACAAACAUUAUAAAAAAUUCUUUUUUGUAAAACUUUUGAAAAUUUUCUCAUCCAUGAAUCCAAUACCUACAUUUUCUAGAUCUUUUAAAUUUUUUUAGUCUCCUUGUUCAUUACAUUUCACUCUUGGAUCUACAUGAAAUUUAUUUUGGUAGGUGGCGUGAAAUAAGGAGCUAAAAUAGUUGUUGGGUUCUUUUUUUUUUUUCUCUCUCUCUCUCUCUUUCCAUUAGCUAAUAAAUUGCUUGAGCACUGAUUUUAAAAACGUUUUAAGGCCUCAAACCAAAUCCCUCUUCUUCAGAGAGGCCUUCCCUGCCCCUCUAACCAAGCCCGUUGCUCUCCCUCACUUUACCUGUUUAUUUCCUUCCAGAGCUUUUCAAGAAUUAUGUAUUUAAAAAAAUAAGUUGGUGUUUGUCUUCCUGAGUACAAACUUAGUGAAGCAGGUAGCAGGUUUGCCCUAAGUGGCCAGCAUUCCCCAGGGCCUCUGACUUAGGGCCGCGUCCAAAAUGUGUCACAUUAAUAGGGUCACAAGAUGAAAUGCUGACUUCAUCACAGAGGGAGGUGGCAAGUGGAGUCUCCUUCAUAACUGCAGGACAGAGGGCUGGAGCAGGACCAGCAGGGGACAGCCAUGGCAGUCACUAUAUUCUGUUGAUCCUCAAACUCUGCUUUGGACCCCAGGAAUCACAACUCCCCAUAAACCAGAAUGUAGGGUCCUGACAAUAAAAACCAAAUGAGGAUAGGUUCCCCGGUUUGUAGUGAUUUUCUUAUUUUUAAAGAUUCUUUUCUCUCUCUAAAUUUUUUGUAACCUUUGCUCUCAGCUGAAUGAUCUGCUAGUGAAGGCUAAUAAGCAACAAAACAAUUGCACAAAUAGCAAGUUAAUAUUAAUGGAACCACUUAAACAGCUAUUGCAAUGGCUUGUUGUACGCGUGAGUGCUUGGACUUUGUAUCACAGGCUCAUGGUAUAGUCCUAUUUCUGCUGGUAAAGCUGUUAUUGUUUUUAUAUUUACAUGGAAGAAUUAAGUAGAUUAAACAUCAUACUGCCCCAUAAAGAGCUUGGUCAUGGGAAUGGCCAUCUACAGAGCACAGUGAAAUCCAGGAGCUGCCACCAUGUAAACACAUUGCAGCAGAGUUGUGGUAGCCUGGUUUUGAGAAAUUGGAACCUGGACUCAGGUUUCUGCCAAAGGAAAUAUGACACAUUUCCCUUUCUUCUUCCCUUUUUAUUUUUGUGAGAGUCACACCCAAACCACGAAUGUGCUGAUGUUAAAUAUGUUCAGCCAGAAGGAUUUUGGCCAGGCCUGGUAGCCUCCCCUGACAAGUCAGCCUUCACCCUUGCUCUGUACCUUGGCAAAUUCUGUUGCUCCCACUUUAUUCUGCUAAUCCUUCCUUCCCUGUGCUCCUCUUCUCUGUCCAUUCACGGUACAUACCUCCACCUGUACGGCACUGGUCUCCUUCCCUCACUUCCCUUUUCUCUCCCAAACCAUUGCUGCAGCGUCACGAUCAUCCGAGCCUGAACCAGGCCAUAAUCUGUUUACACACAUGUGAACUCAUUGCAGUCCCACCACAGCCCCUGAUGAAGUGACAGCCAAUGUGUCACAGGGGAGGGUGUGAGGCCUGGGCCCACGGUCACACAACUAGGGACAGAACAGCAACAUGCACCCAGGAGGUCUGGCUCUACAGCCCUGUUCCUCACCAUUGUGUUCUGCUACCUCUCAGCGCCUGGAGUCCUUGCCCCAAAUGUACAGGGGCCAGCUCCCCAAAGGUCAGCUCUGGAGUGGAUGCAGCCCUACCUGCCUCCCUAAGAUCUCACCACUGUCAGGCUCUGUGGCCCUGGCCUUAACUUCUCUGAGCCUCAGUUUCCUCACUGUAAUAACAAUAAUUUAAAUCAUACUUAAUAAGCAAUGUUCUAAGUAUACUACAUAAAGUAUCUCAUUUAAUUUCCUUAAGUACAAAGUAAGUUCUAUAAUUAAACUUACUUUACAGAUCAGAAAACUGAGCAGAGGGAUGUAAAUGAACUAAGGUGAAACAGCUGGAAAGUGGAAGCCUACACAUAACUUUGAAGUCCAUGCUCAGAACCCACAUUCCAAACCUUCUCCACUGCUUGGAAUGGGAGUCAUGAUCAUACCACAGCAUGGGGUCAAGGAGAAGAUGAAAGGAGCCAGUGCACGUAAGGGCCCAGGCCCUGGGGACGUGUGCCCUGUUAGAGGCAGGUCCUUAGCACUCAGGACAGUGAGCCAACCCCUGGCUGGAGGAACUUGCACAAGUUACUGAUCCUCAAGAGGUCUGUUUUCUCCUCUGGAAAAUGAAAAUGAAAAUAGUGGUGGCUCACGCCUAUAAUCCUAGCACUCGGGGAGGCCGAGGAGGCUGAGGUGGGUAGAUCACCUCAGGAGUUCCAGACCAGCCUGAACAAGGGCAGGACCCCCAUCUCUACUAAAAAUAGAAAACUAGCCGGGCAUUGUGGUAGGUGCCUGCAGUCCCCAGCUACUCAGGAGGCUGAGGCAAGAGGAUCGCUUGAGUCUAGGAAGAUCUCUUUGAGGUUGCUGUGAGCUAUGAUGCCACCAUGUUCUACCCAGGGUGACAGAGUAAGACUCUGUCUCAAAAAAGAAAAAAUAAAAAGAACAAGAAAAUAAUAAAUAUACCCCCAUGGAGUUGUGAAAAGCUGAUAAAAUUAAUACCUGUUAAGUGCUUGGUACAGGGCCUGGCACACAGUAAGAGCUCAAGAGAUUCUGAGGCCUGUGUUCAAUUAUUAACAAGCCUCAAUAAAGUCAGAUUCCUUCUCAAACCCCCUCUCAGAUGCUUCCACUGACGAAGGAGACUUCUCAAACUCCUCCCCUCCCUGAAGGCUUCCUUGGUCCUUUUUUGGCUUCCUUAAACCAUUAAUGAAAGAAAGGCUCUAAGAACUUCAUGUUCUUUUAAUUUCAACAAAAACUUCUGUUCUGUUUGGUGGCAACUGAGGGUCUACUCAUCGUCUCCAGCGUUCUCAAAGUCAUCUACUCUUAAAGCAGCAGGCUGGGAUGACAUGGUGGAAACGUACACUUAGGAGACAGGGAGAACUAAACAGAGAGAGAAGACCCAGGACAGAGAAUUGGGUCACGGAAAUAAACAGAGAGCAGUUCAGGGGAAGCCAUGUGUGCCACACUGGCAGCCCUCCAGUCACUCUGUGUCAUUGAGGAGGCAUUUGUGAGAGCCUCCUAGGUGCCAGGUGCAGCCUUGGGGUUGGGGACAGAACAGGAAAAGACAGAUGUUAGAGAGUUGAUGACGACAGAUGAUAGACACCCGACAUGAAUAAUGAAAGUUCUUCCUGUCACGGAGUUUACACUCUGCUGGAAACAGAGGGGAGUAAGCAAACUACAGUAGAACUUCUGUAAGCUGACCCCCCCACCCCAGGCACUGUAACAAACUGGUCAGCAUAUGGAAGAGGGCAGCAUAAGGAACUAGGCCCACUGACUGACUGACACAUACAUGUGGUGCAUGUCCAGUCUGUGCAAAUCAGGUCAUCUCGAGGAGGUGGCCAGCGAUGGAGGUUUGAGUGCACUCACACUAUUAGGUGGAGGGACGUGCUCUAGAGGAAGAGCAGCCAGUGCCACAUGCAGAGUGGAGUGUUGCAAUUUUUAAAAUGCUAACCAGAGACAGUCUCCCUGAGUAAGGGACAUUGGAACAGAGACCUAACGCAGGUGAGGGAGGGAGACAGGAGGGGAAACCUAUGCUGAAUAGACAAGCCUUCCAGAGAGAGCAAUGUCGAGUACAAAAGUCAAGAGCUUGCCCAAGGUUUUCGGAAAAUACCAAAGAAGCGGUUGGAUCAGGAGCUGAGGGAGAAGAGAGCAAGGAGUUUAAGAAGUAACAUGUGCAGUGUCAGCGUCCCGGCAUUCUCUUCCUAAAGAAGCAGGAAGAACAUCAUGUCAUGUCGUGCAUGUUGCUGAGAAGCAGGGCCUCCCUGCUCGCAAGAGUCUUUCUUGGUAGCCAAUUCCAGACUGUGAACGCCUGUCAGAUACAGAGGAUGUGACAUUAUUCACUGGUGGGGAAAUUCACAUGUUCCCAUCGAGCCCCCGUCCUCCUGCAAAAGGAAGCCUAAGGGAAGGGGACUUUCUCUAGCAGCAACCCACGCCUCUCCACUUCACUGGGCACAUCGUAAGGAUUUAUGCUACCUACAAUGAGUGAAAUAGAAUUUCCACUGGUGGAGGCUGAGCUACCAUAUAACACGAAAGACAGUGUGGGUGCACUGUGAGGCUAGCCUUGUCUGAAAGGCAAAGCCUGUGAGGGCCCCAUUAAUGAAGAGGCAUGCAGGUGCGGGGCGGAAGGCAAGAGACUACAUAAGCCCACCUCUGUAUAAAGUCUGGUUACUCAACAUCAUUAGACAUUCGCAUAGGAAAACCGAAUUGAAGAAACAGAAUGAGGGGUUUUUUGUUUGUGUUUGUUUUCUAUAUAAGAAAAGCAAAGAAGAAAGGGGGUUUUGUAAGGAUCUCAAAUAUUGGGGUAAGAAUGUACCAAGUAAAGCCACAAUUAGGAGCAGUGACAAAUCAGAAGUUACAAAUAAUUAUAUGAUCAAUAUUUGUGUACAAUAGAGUUAUAUCACAUUUAUGCUAAUACGUGUAGAUAUUUUAGCAUGUAAAGAAAAAAGUGCAAAGUAUGCCUGGAAGAUGGAUUGGAGCUACAAACUUUCCUCUCUAUGAAAAGGAACACCAGGGACUAUGGGUGGUUUGUAAAUUUCAUUUUGAUUCUUCAACUCAAAAGAAUAAGUGGUAUUUCAGCCAGGUGAAGUAAGUCAAAAGCAAGAACUGUCUUCCUGCUCACUGCACCCUUCUCAGCUACUCCUAACGGGUCCCCCUGCAAAGGGCCACAGAGAUGGCCAUCCCAAGACCACGGUGCAGCAAACACCUGCCGUUCCUGUGUAUCCUGGGCCUCACAGUCAUGGUCCCCUCUCUGCUGUUCUACGCUCUGCUCUGGAAGGCUGGCAACCUCACUGACCUGUCCAAUCUGAGAAUUGGCUUCUACAACUUCUGCCUGUGGAACGAGGACACCAGCUCACUACAGUGUCUCCAGUUCCCUGAGCUCGAGGCCCUGGGGAUUCCUCGGGUUGGACUGGCCCUGGCCAGGGUUGGGGUGUAUGGGGCUCUAGUGCUCACCCUCUUUGCCCCCCUGUCUCUCCUCCUGGCCUGGUGCAACAGUGACAAGGGACAGUGGCAGCUGGCUGUGGGCUUCCUGGCGGCGGCCUCCGUGCUGUUGGCCAGUGGCCUGGGCCUCUUCCUCUCUUACGUGUGGAAGUGGGUCAGGCUCUCCCUCCUAGGGCCUGGGUUUCUAGCUCUGGGCUGUGCCCAGGCCGUACUUAUCUUCUUGAUUAUGGCUGCAGUUGCAUUCCCUCCCAGAGCUGAGAAAGACAAGAGCCGGCUUGAGAGCUGCUAGGCCUGUGGGGAGGCUACUUGAUGCAGCGGUUCAGUUCCAACUGCAGAGACAGUGACAUGCCUCCUCCACUGUCUUAUUUCGUAGCUAAUGCAGAUGGAUCCCCAUGCAGAGGAGGGGCUCCCAGCACUGAGGAGGCGAACAGGUGGUAAGGGAGGCUGGGGUACCUGCGGCUUCUUAGUGCAGGACAGUUUGUCCUUCAGAACUUCCAAGGACACCCUAAAACCACGCAGCUCACUGUCACAUGAAUUCCAGCUUUAAUUAACCCAUCCGAGCAGCUCUUACUCUACCCUCAGGAGUGGGGAGAGGGAAGCAUUCCUGUCCUGUGCCAGACUUCUGGGCCGAUUUGCCAAAUGCCAAAAUGGAACCCAGAGAAGGUUUAUGGCCACAAAUGGGAAUAUUAAAAGAGAGAGCACCACGGUGGCCCUUGGGCCCAGGUUAACAAGCUUUUGCUCCUCUGUGGGGAAUGGGCUGAGAUGAGCCUCUCCCCAGGACUCUACUGCAAAAGGCCCAGGAAUGUUCUGACAAACUCCACAAAGACAGAACAUAGGGGCACAAAAAGAAGCCUUGGUGGCUUUGAAGGCUCCUGAACCUAAAAGGGCAGAGUAGUCGCUGGUAAAUUGUUCCUAUGAUAGACCAGGAGUACAUCAAAUCCUGGGCAGGGGAACGUGACCAGAACAAAGGGCUAUACACACACGAUGCCACAUCCCACUUCUCAACCAGAACUGGGAAGGCUGUAACCAUGACUUACACAAGGGGAAUUUCGUGCAUUUUUCAGCACCUGUAUGUUGGAAAAUCUGUAUGACGUGUGAUUUACUCAUUCUGUGCCUGUCCAUAGCCACCAAAUACAGAGGCAGAAAUGUGA